GCUCAUCCAACGCCAGCGAAUUAAUCUCGAUAUAAACCCUUUAUAGAAUUUUCGAGAGAUCGAGAGAGAGAGAGAGAGAGAGAGAGAGGAUGAGCGGAAACGGGAAGGUUGUGUGCGUGACCGGAGCAUCAGGUUACAUAGCAUCGUGGCUGGUGAAGCUCCUCCUCGGUCAGGGUUACACCGUCAAGGCCUCUGUCAGAGACCCCGCUGAUCCGAAGAAAACAGAACAUUUGCGUGCUUUGGGUGGAGCCAAUGAGAGAUUGCAUCUGAUUAAAGCAAAUUUAUUGGAAGAAGGCUCUUUUGAUUCUGUUGUUGAUGGGUGUGAAGGUGUCUUUCAUACUGCUUCUCCAUUCUAUCAUGCUGUCACGGAUCCACAGGCCGAGUUAAUUGAUCCUGCGGUGAAGGGAACUCUUAAUGUUCUGAGUUCGUGCAAGAAAACUCCAACAGUGAAAAGGGUUGUUGUUACCUCAUCCAUGGCUGCUGUUGCAUUUAAUGGAAGACCACGAACUCCUGAUGUGGUAGUUGAUGAGACGUGGUUUUCUAAUUCGGAAUUUUGCAGGCAGUCAAAGUUAUGGUAUGUACUAUCAAAGACCUUGGCAGAAGAGGCUGCUUGGAAGUUUGCAAAGGAUAAUUCGAUAGAUAUUGUUACAAUAAACCCAGCAAUGGUUAUAGGGCCUCUUCUUCAGCCAACCCUUAACACAAGUUCUGCUGCAAUCUUGAACUUGAUAAAUGGAUCAUCAACAUAUCCCAAUUCAACCUUCGGGUGGGUAAAUGUCCAGGAUGUUGCCAAGGCACAUAUCCUAGCAUAUGAAGUUCCUACAGCAAGUGGAAGAUACUGUUUAGUUGAGAGUGUUGCUCACUAUUCAGAGGUUGUGAAGAUUUUGCGAGAACUAUAUCCUUCUCUUCAGCUCCCUCAAAAUUGUGCUGAUGACAAGCCCUUUAUGCCAACUUACCAAGUUUCCAAAGAGAAGACUAAAGGGCUCGGCAUCGACUACAUUCCUCUGAAAACAAGCCUCAAGGAGACUGUUGAAAGUUUGAAGGAGAAGGGGUUUGUGAGCUUUUGAGAAAGAAACUGACGACUUCUUUAAAGUAAAAUAGAUGCCUAUAUUGUUAUAUUCUGCAUCAAUAUAAGCUGUCGCUUAGAAAUUUAUAUAUAUCUGAAUAAAGUGGAGGAUUUGAACCUUAAAAACUUUUUGAAUAUUGAUGAAAGGUAUUGUUCUUCUCCAGUAGUCAUUUUGAUAUUUCCCAAGAAUAAAAAAGCGCAAAUAAGGAAUUCCCA